AAUCGCAGCUUUUCUAAGAGCGGUAUUUGUUAGCUACAGACACAAAGGCAGAAAACAUUCAAAGACAUGGAAAAUUACUAAAUGAUGGCGCUAAACUUUUAGCGAAUUUAUUGAAAUAGAUUCUUGUUAAGGUUACCAAAACGAGUGUUCCUUUCGUGGAGCUGUUGUGUUUGUCAUCCUGUCACUGUGGUUUGGUUUGGUAACUAAAGUUUUGAAGGAUUAAAAGGAUCCUUGCAUGUACCACACAGCAAAAGACGAAGGAAGCGACGAGAAACUUCAUCGAGUUAUCUGAAUGAUUAGACAACAUUUAAGGACAACUUCGAGUUUUGAUGCAAGUUCAAGAAUACAUCUGAAUUUCUUUUGCAAGGGUGCUGAUCGAUCUCUAGAUAUCUCAUGUGCCGAUAAUAGUUGUUUGUCUUCAUAAAUUUACGAAAUCACGGAGUAAUUUUGGAAUUGUAUGCAUAAUAGAUUUCACCAUGACUACAUCGAAGGACAGCAAACCGGAGAGUCCAAGGCUUGAUGACUUCUCAGAAAAUAUCAAUCGAGCAAAGCAAGAAAUGGUUUUGCGUUUUGUCAAAGAUCAAGAGGCUCUUCAAACUUCGCAAGUGGAUUUGAAAAUCGUUGACGAUGAAAUCUUAGACUUAAUAGAUUCAGCGCUUGUUGUCAAGGGAUCUGGGGAGGAAAGCAAACUAACAGUCUCAGACGAAAGUCCAAAGCUUGAUAAAUCUAGCCAUCAACCCGUGUCUAGAGAAGUAUCUUCCUUAAAUUCGGACGUCGAUAACUUGAGUAAUCUUCCAGAGGCCGUCAUUGUGCCUCGGCCACCGUCAGGUCGCCCCCGCACACGAAGUACAAGCAGUCGGAAAAGAUCGGUGUCGAGCUUACGACGACAAUAUUCGGUGGAUUCUUUUUACUCUGGUAAGGACGUUUCAUCAAAAGAAGAUACAAAUGAGCCUAGCAGCUCGCGUGAUUUUAUGCUGCGUAGCUCCACGGAAAGAACAGAGUUAAAUUCCUCUCCUACCAGUGAAGAGGGAGCUAGUUCAGGAGGUAACUUGAACGCAUCGUGGCCUCAGCAGUGUCUCUCUAGAAAACUGUUCGUCCCGUUUCGAGAUCAUUCGGUUUACGCCACCAAAGAAACUCCGUAUCACUACAAUGCUCCUUUGGAAAACUUUUCCGGAAUCGAUAAUCACACGGAAGCUUUCCGACCUCGAUCGAGUCAAACUUUUCAACGUGUGCGGCCAGCAGAGAUCAUUUCCGCCAGAAUAUCAUCGGCCAGCGAAUGUGAGCGGAUCAGUUGUGACCCGUCCUCACUUGCAAACCCUCUAUCUUACGCUAAAAAUGUACGUAAAGGCUCAAGACGAAGGACUUACAUCAAUUUCAGCAGACUGGACGCUCAAUUAGCGUUUGAUGGGCCAUUGGAGCUGGAACCAGUGCACCCGUCUGAGUUACCGCUUUACAGAAGUAACUCGGCGGCGUCCUCCACAGCGCCCUACACCAUGGUACACGUCCCUCCCAUUGGACGAGAAGGGCCUGCUCCUUCCAGCAGCUAAAGUGGAUCAAGUGAAACACACGCUGUCUAGCAGGUGAGGCCAGAAAAAAAAUACGAACUCCCCUCUGUUCAAUUUAAACAGUAUCUCCUUGUCGAAGUAAACUGAAUUUAACAAGAUAUUCACCACAUAGUAAUUCGCUCUGCGUUGUUUCACAAUACUUAAAUAUUAUUUGAAUAUCCACUUAAGCCCCAGAGCUAUUUUUGUUGUUGUUUGUUUCUUGAGGUUCGAGUAACUCAGAGCCAUUAGUUCUGUACCCUCUUUUGUAUUUAUGUUAUUUCUCUUUUUUUUUCUUAGGAGUUUUGAUGGCAGGAGACGUUGCCUCCAUUUUACAUGCAAAACUCUGCUUAUCAGUAUCGCAAUACAGAUACUGUGAUGAGAGAAUUCAUGAUGCUCGUCAGUAAAUGACACGAGUCUUCUCGAAGAAGAAGGCUUUCUUGAAUUUUAACUUAACUGUCUUUACUUCUUAUGGAACAAUGUGAUCUUUGUACAUCAUUUUGUUCAUGCGUAUUUAUUUUGAAUCACGUAAAUGACAAUCUCACUCUUUCUAAAAAAGUCAAAACUUUCAGGAAAGCGAAUUCACCGCACAUAUAAUUUUUCUUUCCUUUCUUUUUUUGAAAGCUGAUAUAUUGUUUUAACGUCAUAGACCAAAGAACUGUUUUAGAGUUGUAAAUAGCUCAGUUAAGAUCACAUUAAUUUGCCUAUUAUCAAGGUGUGGCUACCUCUAAAGAACUUGUAGAAAUAUGUACAACUCUUCCCGUCCAAAGCUCCUUUUUGACGAAAAUGUCAUCCCGAGGAAAUUUCGACAGGCAUUUGAAAUUUUAUACUGAUAACCAGCAUGUAAGUGAAUGAUAUUUGUAAGAACUGAUAUUGAUAUUUAUAACUUACAAAUCUGUGAGAUUAAAAAAAAUUGGACGG